GUGACAGCUUCUUUUGUGUGUAAUAAAUAGAGCGUAGGAUUUGUUUACAUGAGCAAAAAUGGAUGAACUUGGUGAAAUGACAUUGUCUAAAUUUAGAUUGUGGUCUCUACACGCUCUGAAAGUUUAUUUAUCGCAUAGAAAACGGCCUGUGCAUGGAGACGUUGAGGACUUGGUUGCAAGAGCAUUUUGUGCUUGGGAGGAGAAUCUGCCUGUAAAUGAACAAGCCGAGCUUGAAGAGCAGCGACUUCUCAAAGAGUACAAGGAGAAACUGACGGUAGAAGGUGACAUAAUUCCUGAUCCAUUCUCCCUGAAAACUGGCUGGAAAGGUGAAAAGGCAGGAAUGGAAAAAUGGCCAUCAAUUUACAUGAUAGACAUUUCCAAGUUCCUGAAUGCUUCAUCACCCACUGACAUAACAAAUCAGUUGCUAAAUGAAUACAAACUUGGCAAGGCCUACAGGUAUUUUGACUGUGGUUGGGUAAAAGAGGUAUUCAUCCACGACAUAAGAGACUCAAGUGACACAUGUUUAUUAAAGACAAAGGUGACGCCUUCAAUGGCAGUCAACAGCAAAUCUUACGACGUGUGGGCAUUAGUUGAGAAGGAUCAACCACAACGACCUGGAGGCAACAUUCUGUCUGCCUAUUGUACAUGUACUGCCGGCAUGCUUGGAUCCUGCAAUCAUGUAGCUGGAUUGUUGUUUUGCGUUGAACAUGCGGUGAAGACAGGGGAGACUAAACUGUCGAAGACCAGCAAACAAUCCAGUUGGAACAUUCCAAAAGGAAAACGAGAAUUAAAAUCCAUGAGAGCUUCAGAAAUAAAUUGGACAAAGGGGCGUUAUGGUAAGCGUUCUCGUGAAAUGGAAGAGGAAAGCAGGAAAAGAAAUCUAAAGAAAAACUUUACUCCCUUAACAAAAGUGCAGGUAGAGCAGGUGAAGGACCAAAUGAAAAUGAGGAAUGCAUUGUACCAGCUUUUCCGCGAUGAUGCACCUGAUUCUUGUCUUGCUUUAAAUUGCGAAAAAAGAAGACCAGUGGAAGUACAAAAUGAUGUACAUGUACCCCCAUCUAUUAUUGCCAUCGCAGGCGAAGUAAGAAGCAAAAACAGUGUUAUAUCUGUUGAGCAAGCCAUUGAGCUUCUGACGAUCAAUGAUGAUCAGAGACACGCCUUGAAAUGUGCAAUUGUAGAUCAGUCCCUAUCCAGCAUAUGGGUUGAACAACGGAAGGGACGAGUAACUGCCAGCACAUUUCAGAGAAUUGUUAGCCGCGUGAAGACUCUGCAAAAAGACCCUACAGCUGACGCGUCUGCACUGGUAAAGACAAUCCUUGGAGAAACAUCCUGCAAACCAACAAUGGCCAUGAAGCAUUGUACAUCUUUAGAACCAGUGGCAAAGAUGGAGUAUUCAAGGAUUAUGAAGAAAACCCACAAAAAAUUUGAGGUUUGUGACUCUGGCCUAUCAGUUUGCGCAGAUGCACCUUACAUUGCAGCAAGCGCAGAUUUGGAAGUGGAUUGUGUGUGCUGCGGUAAAGGCCUCUGCGAAAUCAAAUGUCCUGAAAGUGUGAAGGAUUCUGUCCCAACUGUUGACAAUGUAAAGUAUUUACUCUAUGAUGAAAACGGACGUGUGAUGUUGGACAAAAAACAUCAAUACUUUUAUCAAGUACAGGGUCAAAUGGCUAUCUUGGAUCGACCAUACUGUGAUUUAUUUGUAUAUACACAUCAUGGACAUGCUAUGUGUCGCAUUGACUUUGAUCAAGAUUUCUGGAAAGGUGUCUUUGAGUCGCUCAAAUGGUUCUGGGUAAAACAUGUGUUUCCAUCAUUAUUUUUGGACAAGGAGAACAUCAAUCAAACUGAUGAGACUCCAUUGAUAACGUACCAGCAUCAGGGUACCCCAACAAAUUCUAAAGUGCGCCGUGCCCUGCUUGGAAGUCCUAAGAAAAAAAUACAGCCAAGGAAACAGAAGAAGUCUUCCAAUCACAAACUUCAGGUCUAUCUGUGUGGAGUCUGUGGAUUGGAUUGUAUAAAUGAACCAAAAUCCGAGGCAGACCAUUCUGUGGGAUGCGAUGGAUGUGGAUUGUGGGUCCAUUACCAUUGUGCUGGGGUUGACGACAGACAGCUUGCUACUGCUGACAGGUGGUUUUGUGCAAAAUGCCAACGCAAGUGAUAGAUGCAGAACUAUACACAGUCCAGAAAUGUCUUUAGUGUGCUUCAUGUCUGUAACAUGUUUGUUAAUUUUUUUUUUACACAGCCUGGGCAAUUAUUGACUAAACAUAUCCUUUUUAAAUUGUAACUGAAAUUAGCAAGUUGCAACUGAAAAUUAUUAGACCAACUUAAGAUCGUUCUGUAUUUGAUCAAUAGCUAUAUUAUAAAUUACUAUGUUGAUUGUGCAUCAAAAAUAGCUUCAAUGAUUUUUUUUCUACUAUAUUCAGCUUAAGACCGUUUUUGAGAAUGUUCAAGUGCAAGAAAGUGGUGCAACCAUACAAGUUAAUACACAU